AUGGCAGAUGGCUCAAUAGAUUCAGAUAACUUACUAGCUUCAGGCUUUUUAUUUACUGUCUCAGGUGGUUCAAAAGUCUCAGAAGUCCCAGAUGUUGAAGCGACUGGAGCUUCGGCUUGUUGA